CCGCCCCGAGGGUGCGCAGGCGGCGCCCGUCUUUACGACGGGUCGGAAAGCAGCGGCCGCAACCUGCGCCGGGCUGAGGCGGGCCACCAUGGGGAAAAUCGCGCUGCAGCUCAAAGCCACGCUGGAGAAUGUCACCAACCUCCGGCCCGUGGGCGAGGACUUCCGGUGGUACCUCAAGAUGAAAUGUGGCAACUGUGGUGAGAUUUCAGAGAAGUGGCAGUACAUCCGGCAGAUGGACACUGUGGCCCUAAAGGGAGGCCGUGGCAGCGCCUCUAUGGUCCAGAAGUGCAAGCUGUGCGCGCGGGAAAACUCCAUCGAGAUUUUGAGCAGCACCAUCAAGUCUUACAAUGCUGAAGACAAUGAAAAGUUCAAGACAAUAGUAGAAUUUGAAUGCCGGGGCCUCGAACCAGUUGAUUUCCAGCCCCAGGCCGGGUUUGCUGCGGAAGGUGUGGAGUCGGGGACAGUCUUCAGUGACAUUAAUCUGCAGGAGAAGGUGCGAGACUCGGGAACCUUGCAAGGACUGGACCGACUAUGAUGAAAAAGCUCAGGAGAGUGUGGGAAUCUACGAGGUCACCCAUCAGUUUCUGAAGUGCUGAGCCCUCUCCCUGCAUCCUUACCUUCAGAGCUAGGAAGAGACAAAGUGCCCCAAGCAGCAGAGCCCACUGAAGCUGGUCCCCUGUCCCCUCAUAUCCUGGCAGCUGUCCCAGGCCCUCACAGUCUGCAUGCUCGGCUCUGUCGGAGCUUCCCACGGCUCACCAAUAAAGCUGCUGUUCAUGCCAUCCUGGCACAUGAAGGGCGAGUUAGGUGCGACCACUCCCUCCUCAAAUUUGAAUUCAUACUGGAAGUCUUUGCUCCCCACCGUUGAAAAUCCUAUGCUUGUUCCAAUUUGCAAAAUAUGAAGGAGCACACAACUACUAAGGACUCCAGCUGUUGGGGAGCAGCCUGUCAACCCAGAUGAUCAAAGGUAUCAAAGCCAACGGCCCAAAGGGUGGGCAGCUUGCAGAAUGUGCCCAGCAGUCAAACACCGCAUUGACCAGGUUGGCCCUCAAAUAAAGCCAGGCAUCUC